AUGGCGAAAGGGGGCUGGUCAUGGAAAAGUUUUGGGAUGCAGGGAUUUCUUGUUUACAUCCUCCCGGAGUACGACGCGGGGGCGGGGUUGGCUCCGCCCUCAUUCUUUAGACCUGACGUCAUUGUCACUUGUGUUUUUUUGUGAAUGAAAGAAUCCAGCCUCAGAGAGCAGCGGAGUAAUUCCGGGAAAAGGCGGACUGACAUUUUGUCGCUAGAGUCGCUUCGAUCCAGCAGAUUGUCUGUCUGUAUCUGUGUUGACUGGUGCUUGGGGGGGGAACAACCGAAGACAGUUGGAUCAUGUCAUCAGAAAGAAGCAGCAAGGCCCUGAAGGUAAAGCAGGAAUGUGGCGAAAAUGUGCCCGUCCUGUCGGACAGCGAGCUCAUGUCUCUCACAGUACGAGAGUUGAACCUCCACCUGCGCGGCAUGUCCCGCGACGAGAUCCAGAAGCUGAAGCAGCGCCGGCGCACCUUGAAGAACCGGGGCUAUGCCGCCAGCUGCCGAGUCAAACGGGUGUCGCAGCGCGAAGCCCUGGAGCAGCAGAAAACGGAGCUCCAGAGGGAGGUGGAGAGGCUCGGGGCGGAGAACGCCGGCAUGAGGAAAGAGCUGGAGGGGCUGGGCGCGCGUCUGGCGGCGCUCCAGAGGUUUGCCAGGGGCCUGGAGGCCGGAGGAGGCAACCUGCUCGCUACAGCCCCGCGUCGCAACACCGCCUCGGUCAUCACCAUCGUCAAGAGUCCACCACAGCCUCAGCCGCAGAGGGACCAGGAGUCGUCCUAGAAGGAGCUGCUUGACUGGGGGGUGGGCAGGGACGCACAACAUGCAAUGCAACAACACACAUACACCUGCAGGCGUAUAUAAAUAUAUAAAUAUAUUCUAUACACACACGCCGGCGAACAGGAAGACGAUUUUAGUA